AUGUUUGUGUUUUCCAUGAGGUUAAUUAACGUUGUUGUUUUUUGUUGCUAGAUCUUUAUUGCUAACACUUUAGAAUGCCCUUCAAUUGAAUUAGAAAAUAAUGAAACAUUCAUUUCAUCAAAUCAAAAAGCCAUAUUAUUAGAACGAGAAUCCAAUGAUUUUGAAAACCUAGACGAAUUUUCAGAUAAUUUAGUUAAAUUUGCCUUUAAGAUUUCAAUCAAUGAAAGUGAAUAAGUUUUAUCAGCUAAUUUGAUUGACAGAACCUUUAAUAAUUCUAAGUUAAUGAAAUGGUUGUGUAACCUAAUUAAAUCUUAAUCAUAUGAUAUCCUUUGUAUUACAAAUUUUGGGAUUGAAUAUAAAAAUUAAGUUGGAAUUUAAGAAAUAAUGAAUUUGAAACUAAGAGUGUAAGUUGAGCCACUUGAUGUUUGUUAAUGGUUAUUUUAUAGGUAAUUGUCAGAUUUUUGGAUAUUUUGCUAUUCUUAGGAUAGAAUAAAAAUAUAUUCUGUAGACAUGAUGAACAUAACAACAUUAUUAGCAAGUUAAGAUAUGAAAUAAAAUCAAAUAAAGCUUUGUAAACGUGAUAUUAUAAAACAAUCAGAAGAGCAAAUUUUUAUUUUUUUUUAUGGUUGCUAUGAAUGGGGGAUAUUCAAAUUUUCAGGCUAAGUCUUUGAUCUCUUACUUAAUUAAAUUAUGAUUUUCUAAUAAUUAAAUUAAAGUAUUCCUUAUGUUGAGAAUAUUUAAAUAUGCAAUAAAAUAAAAACUUAUUCGCUUUCAACAUUUUAUCUGAUUACAGAGGAGGGUUAUUAUUUAUAUAGAGUUGAUUAUCAAACUGAAAAGAAAAUAUUCUUUGAAUUUUUUGAGUUUUCUUUGAAUAUCAAGAAACUUAUAAUAUCAAAAGUUUGUGUGGUGAAUUUUUUAGUGAUCAAUCAAGAUUUCAAUAUCUUUAUUGUUAACCCAUCUAAUUCAUAAUUUAUGAAUAUAGAAAGUAGUAGUCUUAUUUAAGUGCAUCAAACUUCAAAUCUAAUAUUUAUAUUAAAUACAAAUGGAUUAGAAGUUAUCUUAAAUUAGAAGAUUAGAUAAACAAAAUAAAUUUAUGCAUAACAGUUGUUCUUUUUAGAAGGAUAUAAUUUCUUUUAUCAAAUAGAGGAAUUCUAACACGAAAUAUACUUUUAUACUUAUUAAGAAUUUAAUUCAUACUUAAUACCUUCCAAAAAGUAUAUUUUUGAAUUAUUCUCUUAUGAUAUAUUUAAAAUCUCUAAAUCAUUUUGUUACAAAGUUCAAUAUAAGAAUUCAAAUGAUAUAAAUACAAUAAUAAAUGAUAUUGAAUUAUAAAAUAAAUGCUAAAUACAUGAGUAAGUUUAAUUUAAUAAGCAAAAUAUUGCUUUGCCUUAACAUUACUAAUUAUAAUUGCUAAAUGACAAUGCAAAUUCCAUAAUUAAUAUCACUGAGUCUUUUGAUUUCAAGAAAAUUUGCAUUAAACAAUACUUUCAGAAAAAAACAGUACUACUAUAUUUUGAGAAUAAUUAAGUUUUGCUGAAAAAUAAUGAAUUUAUUAUUAUUCAAGAUUGUGACAAUUAUAAUAGAAAAACUAUAAGUAUUCGUUCUUUUUAAGUAUUUCAUUAUUAAUUUAACAUUUUGCUUGUUAGAGAAUAUGAUCUAUAUUAUAAGAUUUUUUACUAAUAAAAACAAUAAUGGCUAGUUUAGAAAAUUUCAACCUCAAGCUAAAUUAUUAAAGUUAUGUAGUUUUAAGAAAGUGUUUUGGUAUUGACUGAAAACGCUGAUUGCAUCUUUAUCAAUCUUAAUGAUAUAAGAUCUUAGAAACUUUCUAAAAGUUUGAGUAAUAUGUUAUAUUAAAUUUUUUAUUAAAGAAAAGCAUCCAAUUAAAUCAAUGAAAGUGAAUAUUAAUUUUUUUAUUCUAAUUAAAAAGGUUAUAUUUGCAUUUCAUUUUUUGGGUAUUUUCUUAUUUAUGAUUAAAAUGAUGAUUUCCUUAGAUUGUUAACUUUAAAUAAUAUUGAAAUACUCUCAAUUUAAAGAUUGAUAACUAACGUUUUUUAAAUAUUGGCAAUAUAGUUAGGAUUAAUAAAUACAUUUUACAUCGAAUGGAAAANAUAAUAUCAAAAGUUUGUGUGGUGAAUUUUUUAGUGAUCAAUCAAGAUUUCAAUAUCUUUAUUGUUAACCCAUCUAAUUCAUAAUUUAUGAAUAUAGAAAGUAGUAGUCUUAUUUAAGUGCAUCAAACUUCAAAUCUAAUAUUUAUAUUAAAUACAAAUGGAUUAGAAGUUAUCUUAAAUUAGAAGAUUAGAUAAACAAAAUAAAUUUAUGCAUAACAGUUGUUCUUUUUAGAAGGAUAUAAUUUCUUUUAUCAAAUAGAGGAAUUCUAACACGAAAUAUACUUUUAUACUUAUUAAGAAUUUAAUUCAUACUUAAUACCUUCCAAAAAGUAUAUUUUUGAAUUAUUCUCUUAUGAUAUAUUUAAAAUCUCUAAAUCAUUUUGUUACAAAGUUCAAUAUAAGAAUUCAAAUGAUAUAAAUACAAUAAUAAAUGAUAUUGAAUUAUAAAAUAAAUGCUAAAUACAUGAGUAAGUUUAAUUUAAUAAGCAAAAUAUUGCUUUGCCUUAACAUUACUAAUUAUAAUUGCUAAAUGACAAUGCAAAUUCCAUAAUUAAUAUCACUGAGUCUUUUGAUUUCAAGAAAAUUUGCAUUAAACAAUACUUUCAGAAAAAAACAGUACUACUAUAUUUUGAGAAUAAUUAAGUUUUGCUGAAAAAUAAUGAAUUUAUUAUUAUUCAAGAUUGUGACAAUUAUAAUAGAAAAACUAUAAGUAUUCGUUCUUUUUAAGUAUUUCAUUAUUAAUUUAACAUUUUGCUUGUUAGAGAAUAUGAUCUAUAUUAUAAGAUUUUUUACUAAUAAAAACAAUAAUGGCUAGUUUAGAAAAUUUCAACCUCAAGCUAAAUUAUUAAAGUUAUGUAGUUUUAAGAAAGUGUUUUGGUAUUGACUGAAAACGCUGAUUGCAUCUUUAUCAAUCUUAAUGAUAUAAGAUCUUAGAAACUUUCUAAAAGUUUGAGUAAUAUGUUAUAUUAAAUUUUUUAUUAAAGAAAAGCAUCCAAUUAAAUCAAUGAAAGUGAAUAUUAAUUUUUUUAUUCUAAUUAAAAAGGUUAUAUUUGCAUUUCAUUUUUUGGGUAUUUUCUUAUUUAUGAUUAAAAUGAUGAUUUCCUUAGAUUGUUAACUUUAAAUAAUAUUGAAAUACUCUCAAUUUAAAGAUUGAUAACUAACGUUUUUUAAAUAUUGGCAAUACAUCGAAUGGAAAAUAUGAUAAUUCAAUAUUGUUUUACAGGUUCUUAAAAGCUAAAUUUAUAAUAUAAUUAUACCUUAAAUAACACAGAAAUAGUCAAACCAUUAAAAUUUUAGAUUGAAAAGUAAUUGAUAGCGUAAAUUUACUAUAGAUUAUUAAUAAUUUUAGUUAAAACAAAUUCAUCAUAUUAGCUUUAGUUGUUUAGUUUGAGUAAAACAAAGACAUUUAAAUUGAUAAAAAUUAUUCAAAUAGGAAGACCAGAAUUUUUUAUUAUGAAUCAGAUACUAUAUUAUUAUGAAGAAAAUUUAGAAAUAAAAGGAUAUCAUCUAUUUUCAAUAACUAUAUAGUUUGAAAAUUAAUUAAUAGCAUAAAAAAAUGCUUUUCAUAAUUUAUAACUUGCAUUUAAUUUAGUCUCCAAAGAUGGUGAUGACAAAGUAAUUAAUUGUGUCAUAAAUUUGAAUUAUUAUAAUUUUUGUUAGAAAAUAUUUCCUAUUGAUAAUGAAAUUAAAAUCUAUUUAAGAAAGUAAACAAAAUAAAUAUUAAGAAUAUCAGAUCUAUUUAUCGGUCCAAUAGAUUAGGUAUUUAUAAAAAACAAUUCAAAAAUAGAAAUUAAAGGAUUGUAGUAAAAAAAUGAGCCUGUGUAAUUGUGUCAGCAAUUCAAGUAAAUGGAUUGUAUAAUACAGGUUUAAGUUGAUACAAAUUUAUUCUCAAAUUAAAAAAAAUAGUUUUAUCUCUAUAUACUCAAGCACAAGAAAAUUAAGACCCUUUUACCAAUAAAUCCUGAUAUUAGUAGGGAGUUAAAACUUUUAAAUUUAUUUCUGAUAAAUAAAUGGUAAUUAGCUUUUAUCCUAGAAAUUGAAUAAAAAGUAAUUAUAAAAGUAUAUUAAAUUAAUACUGAAACAUUUACUUUACCUCAAAAUAAGAUUUUCGAAUAUGAUUCAAAUUGUACUUCUACCAAUUUGAACCUCUAUCAAGUAGAGGAUAUAAUCCAGUUAUAAUUUUAAUUUGAAGAUAUUUUAUUUUUUACACCAACAUUUAAAAUUAUAAAAUAAAAUCAGAAACCUUAUUAAUAAGAAAUUAUAUUUGUUUAAGAUUCUAAUUAAUUAUAUGUUUAAGUUUAAAUACAAAAUUAAGAUUUUAUAAUAAAAAUAUUUUAGUAUUAUUCAAAUAAUAAAUUUAUAAAAAUUAAUCAAAUCUUAAUACCAUAUUACACCUUUUAUUAAGAACUACUCAAACACUUUAAUAAUUAAUUCACUUCAAAAGAAUCAACUCCAAAAAAUUAUUCACUUAAAUCCAUAAAAAAAGGUGAAACCAUAACUUUAUUAGUGCUAUUGAUGUUUAAGCAUUAUUCACUAAUUAUUGAUAUCAAAUUUGGAGAAAGCAGUUCCAUUAUUGAUCUUAAAAUUAAAAAUAUUUUAAGGAAUCCUGAUGCAUUUAUAGAACAAUAUAAAGUAGGUUAUAAAUCAAACAUUUUAUUCCUGUCAUCAGAUUUAUAAAAUCAUUAUUUUUAUGACCUUACCCAUAAAGAAGGUUUAUAUAAUUAUUAACAUUUAAAAUCAAACAAAUCAAUUUUAAUAUAUCCUGUCAAUAAUACUCAUUUGAUAUUUUAUGAUUAAUAUUCUAGUAUUACAAUUGGUUAAUUACAUUAUGAAAUUUAAUUACAUGAUAUACAUAUAAAAAAAUAAACAUGCAUCUUGAUUGCAGAAAAUAGUUUAUCAAAAUCUGAAAUCUAAAUAACAAUUAUAAGAGAAACUGAAUAGUACCAUCAUAUGAUAAUCAUUAUUAUAAUAAUCAUCACUUUUUUGAUAUUGAUCUGCUUUAUUAAAAUUAUAAGAUAAAAGGACAAGAAUUUAAAUAUCUCAAUUGAACUAAAAAUUUCAAAAAUCUGA